UUGGUAACGUAGUCUCCGCACGUAUUUUUCAUUCAGGCAGCAUUUGAAUAAGGAAGAUGGCGGCUGCAGCAGUGGUUGAGUUUCAGAGAGCUCAGUCUCUCAUUAGCACGGAUCGCAACGCCUCUAUCGACAUCCUACAUUCAAUAGUGAGAAGAGAUGUUCAAGAGAAUGAUGAGGAAGCUGUCAGGGUUAAAGAACAAAGCAUCCUGGAGCUGGGCACACUGCUGGCAAAGACAGGACAAGCUGCAGAACUUGGGGGACUCCUGAAAUUUGUGAGGCCUUUCCUUAUGUCCAUCAGUAAGGCCAAGGCUGCUCGGCUCGUCCGCUCUCUGUUAGAUCUCUUCCUUGACAUGGAGGCAGCAACGGGGCAGGAGGUCGAGCUGUGUCUUGAAUGCAUUGAGUGGGCUAAAGCUGAGAAGAGGACUUUCCUACGACAGGCCCUGGAGGCACGACUGAUCUCGCUCUAUUUUGACACCAAAAGAUACCAGGAGGCCUUGGCUCUUGGAUCCCAGUUGCUCCAGGAGCUUAAAAAGAUGGAUGACAAAGCUCUUCUGGUGGAGGUGCAGCUGCUUGAAAGUAAGACGUACCACGCCCUCAGUAACCUGCCCAAGGCCCGCGCCGCCCUCACUUCAGCCAGAACCACCGCCAACGCCAUUUACUGUCCUCCAAAGCUCCAGGCAGCUCUGGACAUGCAGUCAGGGAUCAUCCACGCAGCAGAGGAGAAGGACUGGAAGACGGCCUACUCGUACUUCUUUGAGGCCUUCGAGGGUUACGACUCUAUCGACAGCCCCAGAGCCAUCACAGCACUCAAAUACAUGCUUCUGUGCAAAAUUGUACUCAACUUGCCCGAGGAGGUGCAAGCCCUGAUCAGCGGUAAACUGGCCCUCAGAUACGCUGGCCGACAGACAGAUGCAUUGAAAUGUGUAGCCCAGGCCAGCAAGAACAGAUCAUUAGCAGACUUUGAAAAGGCCCUCACAGAGUACAGAGCAGAACUGAGGGACGAUCCGAUCAUCAACACUCACCUGGCCAAGCUGUACGACAGCCUGCUGGAACAAAACCUCAUCCGAGUCAUCGAACCAUUUUCCAGAGUGCAGAUAGAACACAUAUCAGGUCUGAUCAAACUAUCGAAGGGUGAUGUUGAGAGGAAAUUAUCACAGAUGAUUCUGGACAAAAAGUUUCACGGAAUCCUCGACCAAGGCGAGGGUGUUUUGAUCAUCUUUGAAGAACCCCCGGUGGACAAAACAUACGAAGCAGCAUUGGAAACGAUUCAGAACAUGAGCAAAGUCGUGGAUUCGCUUUACAACAAAGCCAAGAAGCUGACAUAGAGCAGAUUGCUGCAGCAGUGAGAUGGAGGAACUGUGUGUGUUUGACCAGCGUGUGCGACAUUUUCAGACGGGGACAAGGGAGAGCAACAAGAAGUCCCACAAACUGCAACAAAACAGGAUUCCCCCAUCAAACCCCCCCUCACCCCUCAUCAACGGACAAUUUCAUCA